AUGUCUUCCAUUGUCAACAAGGUUAAGGACGCUCUGUCUUCGGACAAGAAGCACGAGACGCCUGAGGGAACCCACGGUCAACACGACAGCCGCGCAGCAAAUGCUGCCGACCCCCGCAUCGACUCUGACCGUGACCACCGCGCCAACCCUGCUGGCACUUCCGGCCUCACCGGUACCACUGGUACCCACACCGGCACCCACGGUACCACGGGCACCCACGGCACGCACACCGGCACUUCCGGUCUCACCGGUACCACUGGUACCCACACCGGUACCCACGGAACUACGGGCACUCACGGCACGCACACCGGCACUUCCGGUCUCACCGGUACCACUGGUACCCACACCGGUACCCACGGAACUACGGGCACCCACGGUACACACACCGGUACCACCGGCGGCCUUACCGGCUCCAACGUGACGGGCACUCAUACUGGUCACACCGGCGUUGGUGGCUACGAUGGGCCUGCCCCCACCACUGCUGGCCCUCACAAGUCAGACGCCCUGAACAAGGCCGACCCUCGCGUCGACUCUGACCACUCCAAGGACCACAACACUCGCACCACCGGCGGCGGCCUGACCAGCAACCCCGCUGGCGCCGGCCACCACACCACUGGUGCCCACUCCGGCACCCAUACUGGUACCUCCGGCCUCGCCGGCACGGGCACCCACGGCACACACACCGGCACCACCGGUGGCCUCACCGGCUACGAUGAUCCGGCCGGCACCCACGGCACCCACAACUCCAGAAUCGCCAACCAGGCCGAUCCCCGCAUCGACUCUGACCGUGACCACCGCGGCGCCGCCGGCCACACCGGUAUUGGCAGCACUGGCACACACACCGGAACUCACACCGGCACCUCCGGUCUGGCUGGUACUCACGGCACCCACACCGGUACCCACGGCACUCACACCGGUACCACCGGCGGUCUGACCGGCUCUAACGUCACCGGCUACGACGACCCCGCCGGCACCCACGGCACCCACAACUCCAAAAUCGCCAACCAGGCCGAUCCCCGCAUCGACUCUGACCGUGACCACCGCGGCGCCCCCGGCCACACUGGUGUCGGCAGCACUGGCACCCACACCGGCACCCACACCGGCACCCACGGUGUCGGCUCCAACACCCACAACAGCAGCCUUACCGGUAACCCCAACACUGGUCACACCGGCGGCGUUUCCAACACUGAAAACGCAGCUGGCCACGUUGGCUCAGCCGUUGGUGGCGUCCACGGCACUGGCCCUGCCCCAGGAACUGCUGGCCCCCACAAGUCAGACUUCCUGAACAAGGCUGAUCCUCGCGUCGACUCCGACCUCGACGGCUCAAAAACUUUUGGAGGAAAUAAGACUCACGCCCAGUAAGCGAUUUCAGCGAGCGCAAAAAAACGAUCCUGGACGAUGGGGGCUGACAACAGACCCCAGGGUUGGAACAUCCUCUCACGCCAAGGAUCCUACCGAUGCCGCUCAGGUACCUCCUUCCGUGCUCGCUAAGCACAUUGGGGAACCCGAGACUGCGCACGGCGGUGUCCAUGGAGACCACGGCAGAAGGAAUUCGAUCCCUUCUCACCAGGAUACCCACCGUGGAUUGUAAGGGGUUGUGGAUGUGGAGGAUUGAAUGAAAUGAUACCUAGUACAACUGUACCAUAGCGAUAUGACCUAAUGAAAUUAUUAUUGCUGAA